GUGGCAAUGCUACAAACCACUUUCUAUACAUAAUCCUUCACUACAACUUUGUUCUUCAAUCAGCUCCUAAUUCAUCAUCAUCAUCACUGCCAUGGAAAGAUCUGUUUUCUUGAUUGGAGUCUUUUUCAGCUUCUGUGUUUCUGCAGCUGCUUUGCUUACACCUAAUGGAAUGAACUAUGAAGUGCAAGCUUUGAUGGACAUAAAGAAAUCCCUGAUUGAUCCUCAUCAAGUUCUUGCCAAUUGGGAUGAGAAUUCUGUUGAUCCAUGUGGAUGGUCUAUGAUUGCUUGUUCUCAUGACUAUCUUGUCAUUACACUGGCAAUUCCAAGCCAGAACUUAUCCGGCAGGCUGCCGAGGAGCAUAGGGAACUUGACACACCUCGGCAGCGUGCUCUUACAGGAUAACAAGAUAUCAGGGCCUAUCCCUGCCGAAUUGGGAAAGCUCCCAAAGCUUCAAGAACUUGAUCUUUCAGACAACUUGAUGACAGGACAGAUUCCUCCUUCUUUAUCAGAACUGAAAAGCCUUCAAUAUUUGAGAUUGAACAACAACAGUCUGACUGGAACUAUUCCUGCUGCUUUGGGCAGCAUGCCUCAGCUGAAGUUCCUGGACUUGUCUUACAAUAAUUUGAGCGGACCAGUCCCUGGACUUUCUGCCAAGACAUUCAAUAUUUUGGGAAAUCCUAUGAUCUGUGAUACUGGCAAAGGUUGCAAAGGCUUUGGACAAAUGCCUCUAACUUUCCCUCAGAACACUUCACAGAAUCCGAAGCCAUCCGGAAGGCCAUUCGGGCGCAACGUAGCCUUAGCAUUGGGUACAAGCCUCGGCUGCAUCUGUUUACUGAUUCUCGGAUUCGGGUUUCUCCUCUGGUGGAAACACAAGCACAACAAGCAGAUAUUCUUCGACAUCAACGAACAGCAGUAUCAACAAGUGUGUCUGGGAAACCUGAGAAGAUUCCAAUUCAGGGAGCUUCAGAUUGCCACACACAACUUCAGCAGCAAGAACAUUCUUGGCAAGGGAGGCUUCGGAAAUGUCUACAAAGGACAUCUCCAGGACGGGACCGUUGUAGCCGUUAAAAGGCUGAAAGAUGGGAACAACAUCGGAGGGGACACUCAGUUCCAGACUGAGGUCGAAAUGAUCAGCCUCGCCGUCCACCGGAACCUUCUUCGACUCUACGGAUUUUGCAUCACUCCGACGGAACGUCUUCUCGUUUACCCCUACAUGUCGAAUGGCAGCGUCGCUUCGCGCCUUAAAGCCAAGCCGUCGUUGGAUUGGGGAACUCGGAAAAGAAUCGCGUUGGGCGCGGCAAGAGGAUUGCUAUACUUGCACGAGCAAUGCGACCCGAAGAUCAUACACCGGGACGUGAAAGCAGCGAACAUAUUGCUCGACGACUAUUACGAAGCAGUUGUCGGGGAUUUCGGGCUGGCGAAGCUUCUCGAUCACCACGAUUCGCAUGUCACUACGGCCGUGCGCGGGACAGUUGGCCAUAUAGCGCCGGAGUAUCUCUCGACGGGGCAGUCGUCGGAGAAAACCGACGUUUUCGGGUUCGGAAUUCUGCUGCUGGAACUCAUCACUGGCCAGAGGGCCUUGGAAUUUGGCAAAGGAGCAAAUAAAAAAGGGGCUGUUCUUGACUGGGUGAAGAAGAUCCAUCAAGAAAAGAAGCUGGACAUGUUAGUAGACAAGGAUCUUAAGAACAACUAUGACAGAAUCGAGCUUGAGGAGAUAGCACAGGUGGCCUUACUGUGUAUGCAGUAUCUCCCGAGCCAUCGGCCGAAGAUGUCCGAAGUGGUUCGGAUGCUCGAAGGAGACGGGCUGGCGGAGAAAUGGGAGGCGUCACAGAAGGCAGAGGCUACAAGAUGCAGAGCUAAUGAAUUCUCCUCUUCGGAGAGGUACUCUGAUCUUACAGAUGACUCUUCUCUGCUUGUCCCUGCAAUGGAACUCUCAGGCCCCAGAUGAUGAGGAUGAAGAUGAAGAUGAUGACACAAGAACAAGGGUUUGUUCAGACAAUCAGUGUCUUUAGGUUUGAUUUGGGACUCAUUCAUCAUUGUUGUACAGAAUGCACAUUCAGUUUUGACAAAACUCACCAAUAGACUGAAAAGGGUCCCUUUAUAUAUAUAUAUAUAUAUAUAAGUGUUCAUUAUUCGA